UGUUAUGUACUCCAUAUAAUAAAUGACAAAAGACGAUGGAGUGCUUAAAGUUAGUUGAGUGAAGUUUGGAACAAUUACUUGAGAGUUGAGAGCUGAUCUGAGUAAUCCCCAAAUAGGAGGAGUAGUAAAAAGGUGACGAAUAAAAUCGUGAAAUGCAAAGCAUAUCCGGUAGCGUCCAAUGUACCUGGACAUGCUCUCAUUCAAUACCUAAUUUGAUUUCGCUGUUUAGGAUUCCCAGACACAUUCACAGGCUUGCUCGAGCUCUUCCUCAUUCAACAAUGUCUGCUCUUCCCCCUGCUAAGGAUCAUCCACUUCAGGUUGCAAAGCGCUUGGAGAAGUUCAAAACCACAAUUUUCACACAGAUGAGCCAGUUAGCUAUCAAACAUGGAGCAAUUAACCUUGGCCAGGGAUUUCCGAACUUUGAUGGACCUGAGUUUGUGAAAGCAGCUGCUAUUCAAGCCAUUAAUGAUGGUAAAAACCAGUAUGCUCGUGGUUAUGGAGUUUCUGACCUCAACUGUGCUGUAGCCGAGAGGUUUAAGAAAGACACAGGACUGGCAGUUGAUCCUGAAAAGGAAGUCACUGUCACCUCAGGUUGCACAGAGGCCAUUGCUGCUACCAUGUUGGGAUUGAUAAAUCCUGGCGAUGAGGUCAUUCUAUUUGCCCCAUUCUAUGAUUCAUAUGAAGCUACUCUUUCAAUGGCUGGGGCCAAAGUUAAAGGCAUCACCUUGCGCCCCCCAGAGUUUGCAGUACCUCUUGAUGAGCUCAAGUCCACAAUUUCAAAGAACACCCGAGCAAUCCUUAUAAACACUCCUCAUAACCCAACCGGAAAGAUGUUCACUAGAGAGGAACUUGAUGUGAUUGCAUCUUUGUGCAUUGAAAAUGAUGUUUUGGUUUUCUCAGAUGAGGUGUACGACAAGUUAGCGUUUGAAAUGGAUCACAUCUCCAUAGCAUCUCUUCCUGGGAUGUAUGAGCGUACUGUAACGAUGAAUUCCCUUGGGAAGACAUUCUCUCUAACAGGGUGGAAAAUAGGGUGGGCCAUAGCACCCCCACAUUUGACGUGGGGAGUAAGGCAAGCACACGCAUACCUGACGUUUGCUACUUCGACCCCAAUGCAGCAUGCUGCAGCAACUGCUCUGAGAACACCGGACUCGUAUUAUGAGGAGUUGAAGAAGGAUUACAAGGUUAAAAAGGGGAUUUUGGUGGAAGGACUGAAGGAAGCUGGUUUUAAAAUAUUCCCAUCAAGCGGGACCUAUUUUGUGAUAGUAGAUCACACCCCUUUCGGGCAGAAGGAUGAUGUGGCGUUCUGUGAGUAUCUAAUCAAGGAAGUCGGGGUAGUGGCAAUACCAACAAGUGUUUUCUAUCUGAACCCUGAAGAGGGGAAGAAGCUUGUGAGAUUUACAUUUUGCAAAGAUGAAGACACCUUAAGAGCCGCUGUAGAGCGAAUGAAGGAAAAGCUAGAAAGAAUUUUAUAAUUUGUUGAAUUAUUGAUGUUGUUGCCAAUUGCUGGAAAAGAUGCUUUGAUUUUAGCAAGGGGAAUGUGCCCGAUUUGUACUUGCACUACUUGAUCACUCUACUAGAGUAAGUACUCCUGGGUUUGGUUAAAAUGUACUAGUACGUACGUCUUAGUGGUAAUAAAUAAGUUAAUA